AUGGGACUGGCAGAUUAUGGCCAUAUGGGGGAGUUUGCUACAGGCCUUCUGAUACAGGAAAUGGCCAACGAGGCAGCUAAAGAUAACCCAGGAAAUCUGGCUCUAGACAUUGCAACAUCCCAGAUUUCCACAAUCACACAAAUUCUAAUUACACAAAAGAAGGUUGGUCAGAUGGAAUCAUUGCAGGAUCAAGACCUGGACUCUGACUUCCUGGCACAAACAGAGUUCUGUUCCUAUGUUUCCAGCUGUCACAAGGUUAAAUACCUUUCAGGAGGCAUCAAGGUCAAUGGAGAACGACUAAAGAGUUCGGUGGUAACCUAUGUGACCACCAUCUGCAGUGGGAGCCUGCCCUGCAUAGAGAAUGCUGUCCUGGCUUUGUCCCAGACAGAGAAUGCUGCUGCAGUGCAGAAGGCCAUUGCCCACUAUGACCAGUAGGUGAGCCAGAAGUUGCAGCUGCCCACAGAGACCCUCCAGGAGCUGAUGGAACUGCACAGGGCCAGUGAGAAAGCCAUCAAGAUAUUCAUGGAUAAUUCCUUUAAAGACGUUAAUCAAGUGUUCAUGACACAAUUAGUGACCGAGCUAGAAACAACACAAGAGGAAUUCCUUAAGAAGAAUCUACUGGCAUCCUCAGAUCGCUACUCAGCUCUGCUUCCGGAUAUUUUCAGUCCACUAGAAGAAAACAUGAAGCAGGGGAUUAAUUACAUACCAUGGGUAUUUCCCCCUGUUUUUCUGAAUACACAGAAGCUGAAGAAAAAGAACUAUGAAAAACCCAGGAAGGGGGUUCAGGACCUUCAAACCCAGCAGUCUGCAGAGAUCUACAUGGAACAUGAGAGACCCAUAUGUGAGAAAGUUCUGCAGAAAUUUUUGCAGUCCAAGGAUGAUGUGACUGACGCAAUUCUACAAAUAGACCAGGAGCUGAGAGUGAAGGAAAAGGAGAGUGAAGUGGAGCGUAUGAAAGCUGAAGCUGCGCAGGCUACAGCAAAAAUGCAGGAGGAAAUGCAACAGAAGAUUGAACAGUUGCUGAAACAGAAAGAGAAGAGCCAUGAGGAGCACAUGAAACAGUUGACUGAGAUGAUGGAGAAGGUACAGGCCCAGAUGAGAGAAAUGCAACAGAGGAAUGAACAGUUGCAGCAACAGAUAAAGAAUCAAGAGGAGCACAUGAAACAGUUCACUGAGGUGAUGGAGAAGGCACAGGCCCAGAAUGAGAAAAUGCAGGAGAAGAAUAAAAAGUUGAUGCAACAGAAAAAGAAGUUUCAUGAGGAGCACAGGAAACAGUUGACUGAGAUGAUGGAGAAGGCACAGGCCCAGAAUAAGAAAAUGCAACAGUUGGUUGAACAGUUGCUGCAACAUAAAGAGAAGAGUCAUGAGAGGCACAUGAAACAGCUGACUGAAGUGAUGGAGAAGUCACAGGCCCAAAUGAAAGAAAUGCAACAAAGGAAUGAACAGUUGCUGCAACAGAAAGGAGAGAGUGAUGAGGACCACAGGAAAGAGUUGACUGAGAAGGUAGAUGAAGCACAGGCCAAGCUGAGAGAAUUGCAGGAGAAGAAUGAACUUUUGCAGCAUCAGAAAAAGCGUCAAGAGGAACAGCUGACUCAGGAAAAAAGGAAGAGACAUCAUGAAUAUGAGCACCUUCGCCUGACAGCUGGCACCAGACGCCAAACUGGGCGAACACUCGGCUUCAACGUUCCUUGCUCCCAGGCAAAAUCCAGUGUUGCUCCUUUCUGGAGACUUUACUGCCUCUUUCCCGAGGGCUUUGGUGCUCCUUUACCAGCGACCUAUCUCCUCUUUCCCGAGGACCUUGGUGCUCCUUUACCAGAGACCUAUCUCCGCAUUCACCGCGGACUUUACAGUUCCACUUACCUUGGGAACUUACUGGCGCUGCCCUGA